AUGCAGUCCGUCCCCGAGUCACGCCAGCAGACCUUUGAGGAAAUCUACGGCCCACCAGAGAAUUUCCUGGAAAUUGAGGUGCGCAAUCCUCAAACCCAUGGAACUUCGCGAAACAUGUACACCUCCUACGAGAUUGUCUGCCGCACCAACAUCCCCGCCUUCAAAUUGAAGCACUCUGUUGUGCGCCGGCGAUACUCUGAUUUCGAGUACUUCCGCGAUAUUCUCGAGCGGGAGAGCACACGUGUGACCAUUCCGCCGCUGCCGGGUAAAGUCUUCACCAACCGAUUCAGCGACGACGUCAUUGAGCAUCGGCGAGAGGGGCUUCAGCGCUUCCUGCAGAUCGUAGCGGGACACCCGCUCUUGCAGACAGGAAGCAAGGUGUUGGCCAGCUUCAUACAGGAUCCGAACUGGGACCGCAAUGCGUGGUAA